CUAUUUGAGGUUAUGUAACAUAAACGCGCAUUGUGCGUAAUUAUUGUGCAGUAUUGUGUUUUUUAGACAUUCAGUGAUUGUACGAGUGCGACGCCGACACGGGUUGUGAUAGGUCGUCGCUGAUUAAAUUGUCCAUUACAAUUGUUUUUAAAUUUGAAUAAUAUUGUUAAUGUUCAAUUUUACUUAGGUAUGAUUGAUUCAUUCUAAAACUAAAUUUUAUUGCUUUGAGAUUAGAUACAGUUUAAAUUAUACAAUUUAGAAUUAUUACCGCAAAAUGGCAGAAUUUGUACAGCGACGUAAGGAAGAAAUGAUUAUUGAAGUUCCAGUACUCAAUAGUCAUUUUAAGAAAUCUGCAGUGAAAAAUAUAUUGAACCAACGAGAAAAAUUUGAGUAUAGAUUGAUGCGUCGAAACAAACAAAAGUCGGAUUUUACUCUUUAUAUUACAUUUUUGAAGUCCAUUAUCAAGAAAGUUGAACAAAUGGGUUCAAUAAGUACUGAAUCACUUAAGCUUGUUAAUCAGCAUAAUAACCGGAUCAUAGACCUUUAUCGUGCGUCUCUAAAAUAUUUCAAAGAUGAUAUAUCCCUCUGGAAGGAAUACAUAAAAUUCCUGAUGAAAUGUGAUAAACUAGAGUUGUUACGGAGAGUUAUAAACAGUGCCUUGUUAUUACAUGGUCACAUGUCAGAUUCACUGUAUGUUUUUGCGGUAAAACAAGAAUUUGAAGAUUUAAAAAAUAUCCAAAAAGCAAGAGAAUUGUACACUGAUGGAUUACAUGCACAUAAGACUUCGUCAAAAUUAUAUUUUAUAGCCUUUAAGUGCGAACUUUCCUACUCAGAAAUACUCACACAAAAGGUGUUGAAAUCUGGGAAAGAGUGGAACCAAGAGGAUCCGGCAUUAAAUGGAUCUGUAGCCAAAAUAAUUUAUGAAUCGGCUAUAGAAAAUAUAAAAAAUGAUCAUAAUCUUUACUUCAAAAUGUAUCAAGAAGCUGCUCAAUAUAGUUUUUCAUUAAACUUAUCGGAAGAAAUCAAAAAAUUUAUGUUGACUACUUUUAGCAAGGAUCCAAAUUAUUGGGAUACUUUAGCUACAAAUGAACUGUUGAGUAAAUCUUCAAACACAGAAAAAUUUAAAAUUACAAAAUGCCUCGAUAGAUAUGACACAGCUCUUACAGUACUUGAUACAGAUGAGAUGUGGGACAAGUAUUUGACAACUAUUUUAAAAGUAACAUCAGAUACUCAAAAAACAGAAGUUUAUAAAAGAAAUUUACUCAGACAAUCUAUGUUUAACGCUCACAAGAAAAAUAAAUUGAAACCUAAACACUACAUUCAAUGGAUAAAUAAGUCAAAAAGUUCCAUGACCACCGAAAUUUUGGAUUUGGCUAUCAAAGCAUAUCCAAAUGACACAAGUAUCUUAGAAAUUAAUAUAGAACAUAAAUUGACCGAUACAGAUGAACUAAAAUCUUAUGAUUUAUUUAAGCAAAAUGCUAAUAAAGUUUCUGCCAGUAUUUGGCUUAAAGUCGUUGAUUAUUUUUUAAAUAAACCACAGAUUAGUGAUGUUUUCAAUAUGAUAUUUGGAGAUAAAGCUGUUUGUACUAAUGAAGUGAAACAAAAACUUGGAAAUGAGUAUUUAAUGUGGUUAAGCAAAGAGAAGCCGUUGAAUGAUGCUCGAAAUGCUUACUACAAAUUAAUCACAAAUAGUAGUUGUGAUGCAAGUCUAUGCAACACUAUAGUAACUCUGGAAACCGAACAACAGAAAAUAGAUGUCAGCAAGAUCAGGCAGCAUUUUACAUUAGCAUGCAUGCAGUUUGGUAAAACCAAUAUUGAUUUGUGGAUGAAACGAAUUUACUUUGAGCUAAAGUAUGGGUCACCAAAACUUGUUUCUGAUACAUAUCAUCAAGCGUUAACAACUUUGAAUAAUGAGGAGUCUGAUCAAUUUGCUGAACAAUAUGCAUCAAGGGUUUCUAUAUUUAAUAAAAUUAAUAAAAUAUAAUAACUGCAUAAUAUCUAUGCAGAUUAUUAAAGAUUAUAUACGAUUCCAAAUUGAAGAAAACUUAUUCAAAUUAAUUAUUUUUAUAAGCGUUGAUAUGGAACUUUCUUAUGAAUUCUAUCAUUUUCAAUUUGUAUUCCGUCAGAAUUUUUUUUCAAUAACUGUAUGCGCCAUCUGAAAUUAAAUUUACAUUUAAAUUGUCAACAAAUUUAAAACCUUAA